UGAAAGGCAGAGAGUGAGAGAGUAGGAAGCUCAGAGCUUGAGUGAGCCAGCUGAGAGAGGAGGCAUAUUCAGGGACUCCAUCAGAGAGAGUGACUUUAGUCCAGCAGACUGAGAAACAGAGAUAGACAGUGACAGAACGCUUCACAUUAGACCUAUGAAAACCUCAAGGAGAAGAGGGAAGUAGGCAAUAUUAUUUGAAUUUGUUAAGUGCUGUCUUCUGGGCUGCUCAGCUAUCCAUCUCCAUCUGGGUACCAUCUGUGUCUCUGGCUUUGGCCUUCGCUGCGCUGGAGCUCACAUAUGUGGGAAUGCAAACACAUGCCUGACAUAUGAAGGCGUGGAGUCACAAAGGAGGACAAAAAGCAGAGGACCAGAAAGCAAAACUGUGUCACUGCAGUUGACUUUCUUCAAGAACUGAAGAGCGGACUCUACUAGAGUGGAGGCAGUAGAGAGAAGAAGAGCCCUGCCAUGCCCGGUUCGCCUGUGGAUGCUAAGACUCAUUCCAGAUCAGCCCCCAGCAGCAGUGCCAGCUCCACAAUGCCACCCCUGCCUUCUGUCAACCCCAGUGGCCCUCGUCCGGCCUCAUUUUCCACCACAGCAUUGACCAAUGGGAAUCAUCAUUCCCCACCAACACUGAAUGCAGUGCCCUCUCCGCCGCAGCGUUACAGUAAUGGACCAUCCUCCUCUUCAUCUUCGUCGUUGGCCAAUCAACAGCUGCCAGCCACCUGUGGAGCUCGCCAGCUGAGCAAGCUGAAACGUUUUCUGACCACGCUGCAGCAGUUUGGCAACGACAUAUCUCCUGAGAUUGGAGACAGCGUCAGAAGCCUAGUUCUGGCCCUUGUGAACUCAACAGUAACAAUUGAAGAGUUUCAUUCACGGCUUCAGGAGGCCACUAACUUCCCCUUGAGGCCUUUUGUUAUUCCUUUUCUCAAGGCAAACCUUCCCCUGCUGCAAAGAGAGCUGCUCCACUGUGCACGAGCAGCCAAGCAGACCCCAGCGCAGUACUUGUCUCAGCAUGAGCACCUCCUGCUGAGCACCACCAUGACUUCCUCUCCAGACUCCUCCGAGUUGCUGAUGGAACCUCCUGAGACAGCAACUAAACGACACAGCCCCAGCAGAGUGAAAGAAAACGGCUUCCACGAACGUCCUUCAGUAGCAAUGGAGCCUGCAGCAAAACGAAUUUGCACCAUCAGCCCUGCUCCUCGCCACAGCCCCGCCCACCCGCUCCCCAUCGCCGCCCAGCUUCACCCAACUCCUCCACCCUUGCAGCACUACGCCCUGGAUGAUAUAGCAGCUCCACACCUCUUGCACCGAGAGCACAGCCAACGUGUGUUGGAGAUCCGUGAACUUAAGGACAGGCCCAGACUCCCUGGGACUAACGGGGGCUACCGUGAGGAGCCAGUGGACCACAGACUGACAGACAGAGAGUGGGCUGAUGAAUGGAGGCAUCUGGAUCAUGUGCUGAACUGUAUAGUGGACAUGGUGGAAAAAACACGGAGGUCGGUAAGCGUGCUGAGGCGCUGCCAGGAGUCGGAUCGAGAGGAGCUAAACUACUGGAGACGACGUUCAAGUGAGCAGGAAGACCCUCGGAAAGGAGGCUCGGGUUCUGCUCCUUUUUCCAAAACACACAGCCCUCUCUCUGCGGAGUUGGACUCCCAGCGGGAAUUUGGUCAACGGACAGGUUCAGCAUAUGUUACCGAUGAGAUCUGGAGGAAAGCUGAGGAGGCUGUGAACGAAGUGAAGCGUCAGGCCAUGGAUGAGGUUCAGAAAGCAGUGGCCGAGGCUGAGCAGAAAGCUUUUGAGAUGAUUGCUGCAGAGAGAGCCAAAAUGGAGAAAACUCUGGCUGAGGCAAAGAGGAAGGCUCAAGAGGACGCCAUCCUGGUCAUCAACGAGCAGGAGGAUUCAAGUGAGUGUUGCUGGAAUUGUGGCCGUAAAGCUAGCGAGACGUGCAGCGGCUGCAAUGCAGCCCGUUACUGUGGCUCAUUCUGCCAGCACAAAGACUGGGAAAGGCAUCAUCUCAUCUGCAGCCCCGGACUUCAAGCUCAGCCUAAAGCAGCCUCUGCCAUCGCUGCGAACAGGGUAGCAACCGUGACCACGGUGACUGCAGCUGUAAUGUCUCCAGCUGGGGUCAAAGCUUCCGAUGGUGUGCCGUCAGCCUCCAGUCCGGGCGGAGAGAAGGGCUCAAUUGCUUCUCGCUCCUCCACUCCCUCCACCCCUGCCUCAGCACCUGAGAGUAAUGGACAUUGAAGAUGCAGAGGACUUUAGAGCUUAACACGACGUCUGUCCUUUCUUGUUGUUCAGGAAGAGUUGAAUCGGCAGCAUGAGGAAACUAUUUGUGGGUUGAGUAAGGAUAACAGAUUUUUUCAUCAUACUUUGGCAGAUGAAUAAAGACAAACUAAAGAUGACUGUUGUGAGUGAUGUGUCAACUGAGACUCUGGCUUUGGCGAAGAACAAAGAGACUUGUUUAGUAUGCAUCCAUUGGAUGAACAGAUCACCAUAACAGAUGAAAACGUCUUUCUGGUCCAAAACCUCAAAACCAGGAUCGAUGCAGAGGAAAAAAAAAAAACAAAACAAAAAAACGACUGACGAUUGAUCACAAGGAAAGGAUUUUUCACUGAAGGCAUAUAGCUUUCCGACCCACUAAACAAUGUCACUGUUGUUUCUGUGUACAAAAUUGAGAUUAGGAGGUAUUUUGGGUAAAAGUAAACUGUGUAAUAGUACCAACCCUGAAGCAUCUGUUUUUGUUGUUUAGGAAAGAAAAUCUAACAGCAGGCCACCUGAGUGAGAUCACUGCAGCUCUUCUCUAAAUAAAUAUUUGCUCACCGACUUUUUUAUAAGUGUGACUGACUGAGACGUCGUGUUGUCAGUGAAUAUUGUAAAGAAUAUGAUUAUUUUUGUUAAAACAAUAUUAAUAUGAAGUGUUCAGGUAUUUCGAGCUGUUUCUUCAUCACCAAAGUUUUCUGAUCCUACAGAAAUUUAUAUUCAUGGUCUGCAGGUCUCUUUUAGGAAACUAAGAUCCUCAGAGUUUAACUGUAAUUUCUCUUCAGUCUUUACCAUUCCUGGUCUAUUUUGGUAUCUGUUUAUGUCAUCAGGUUGACAUGUUAUUUCAAAAUCUUUCAUCGCUGCAUCUGAAGAUAAGGAAAAAAUGUUUUACUAAGCCUUGCUAUGAAUUAAAUACAAAGAGGAAAAUGUCACUGAUUUGUAUCGGUAAUCAUUCAGUCUCAGAAAAUCUCAGGAGCUUAGCAGCAUUUGUGUACAAAAAUCAUCCAUAUGUUAUUACAGUUAGACUUAAUUCUAGUGAUGAGCUUUGAUUUAUCCUACUCUGCUGUUACACCUGAAAUGUUUUUGUUUGUUGUAAGAUGACUUUGUAAAGAAGAUUAUGAGAGAAACCCUUUAUUUUGAGCCACAGUUCCCCCCUUCUUCAUUCUAUGAACAUGUUUUCUUGUUAUGAUGCAUAACUUCAUAUGAAAAACGUAUCUUGACAUGAAGUAUGGAAUAAAGAAGUAAAGCUACUUCAAA